UCGCACUUUAGCUUCAGUAGAACACGUUUCCAUCAUAGACUGUAUAUAAGAGUUUCCAUCAACAUCCUGUUGAAUUUUGUCUUAGUUCUCUGAUAGAUCUAAUGCAGUUGGAUGUAGUUGAUGAGUGUUCUCAUUCAAUUUUAACAGUACAGAUUCUAUAAUUGUUUUAAAAAUAUAAUAUAUCUAUGCUAUAAUAUUUAAAAAAAAAAAAAAAAGAAAGAAAUCCGAAAAAAAGAAGAUGGAUAAUGUGGUAGCAGUACCGCUUUCUGCCGCUGUGGCGCUCUUCUACACAAGUGCGAAGUUUUGGAAAAACAAAGAAAACAGGGCUCAUCCGCGCAUGCGCACCACUGUCCUCCGGUAAUUAGUCCACCAUGGCGGAUCUGCUCGGUUCAAUCUUAAGUUCGAUGGAAAAACCUCCUACCGUCGGCGACCAAGAAAGCCGGCGGAAGGCCAGAGAGCAAGCUGCAAGACUUAAGAAGAUGGAGGAAGAGGAGAAAAGGAAGAAAGCUGAGUUCAGGAAAAAGAUGGAAAAGGAGGUGUCAGAUUUUAUCCAGGAUAGUUCACAACAAAAAAGAAAAUACAAACCCAUGGGGAAGAUUGAAAGGAGUAUAUUGCACGACGUUGCAGAAGUGGCUGGUCUGACUUCCUUUUCCUUUGGUGAGGAUGAUGAGAGCCGCUACGUCAUGCUCUUCAAAAAGGAAUUUGCUCCUUCAGAUGAAGAGCUGGAAGCUUAUCGUAAAGGCGAGGAGUGGGAUCCCCUGCUGGCCGAACAGCGACGCAAACUCAAGGAAAAAGCUGCACUGGAAGAGGCGUCCUCCGCUCAGACAGAGAAGUCCCAGGCGUGCCCCAACUCCAACUACAGAGACAAGUACAGCCAUCUGAUCGGCACGUCGGCCGCUAAAGACGCAGCGCACACGCUGGAGGCCAACAGGUCUUACGGCUGUGUGCCUGUGGCCAACAAACGCGACACUCGCUCCAUAGAGGAAGCCAUGAACGAAAUUAGAGCAAAGAAGCGGCAGAGGAGAGAGGACGACACAGCAGCGCAGAGCAGCUCCUCUUGAACCCCCUCUGCUUGUUGCUGUGUGAGAAUGCAGUUGUUUGUCUGUGUGCGCAUCAUCCAUCCCAUGUUGUUCAGAUGAGGAUGCUCGGGUGAGGAAGACUCUAGGAGGAUGUUAUUAUCCACGUGUUUCAUUCUGCAAAUUAUACACAAUAUCAUGCAGAAAUGGACGAUGUCAGUAUAACGAACAAGUUGCAAUGUAUUUAUUUUUCUUGUUCAGAAUUGGAAAAAAAAUCAUUUUUUUAAAGACAGACUUUGGCUAUCUUUGCUAUUUUUGAACACAAAUAAAAUUAUUGACGUAUAACAUAAAAAAGUCACAUUUUCACAUGCAAAGGAUGGCGCUUUUUUUUUAAGAUUUGAUUUUAAAAUGUUGCUGAGAAAUUCUUUUAACAAGAAAUGUUCCUUCAAACUGCUUUUUUGUUGUUAUUUUUAUUCUCAGCCUGUUUUAGAAUUUUUAAAAAACUUUAAUCCUGUCAUAUCUGUCACAAGAGGAUGCCCAUCUUGAAAUAUAUGUAUUGAACUCAUAGAAAUCUGUCAUUUUUUUCUGUUUAAGUUUGCACUGAUUUGCAUCAGCAGUAAAAAAGAAACAGGCGUUAGCUUACAGGAAACAUCAGGCUGAUGAGCAGAAACAUGCUUACCAUGAGGUGUAUUUUAAAACAAGUUUGCACUGUUUUUCCCCAAAUGUGUAAUAAAUGGAAAUGAGUGUUGAACUUU